CUCCCCCUCUUUACCCGCCCCCCACCUCCCCGUGCGGCGCGCGAGACGACACGGGAGGAGCGAGAGUGGCGUGCGACGAGCCGAGGUAGCAGCAGCAGCAGUAGCAGCAGCAGCAGCGUUCGCGCCUCUUCGCUUUCCCGCGCAAAACAAAUAGCGGGGGGAGCCCCCCCCCCCCCCCAAUUCAUGUACGAUUUAUAUCUAAAAUAGAUUAUAUUAUAGGAGAGCAAAUCACUUUCCCUCAGAAUUCAACUCGCAAUUCGACCGCGCGAAAAAAAAAAAAAUGUUGAACAUGGAUCACCGCGUUCCGAAUUUUAAUUCCGUGAAGGGGGACGAGCUGGAACUGCACGACUUGAGGAGCGUGGAGUUCCCGCCGCUGUACGUGCUCAAAGGCGGCCGCGCGUUUCGGAGAGACGACCCCAAAGAGGCAUACAAGCUACCACAUAGACUCAUAGAGAAGAAAAGGAGGGAUCGCAUUAAUGAGUGCAUCGCACAGCUCAAAGAUUUGCUACCUGAACAUCUCAAACUAUCAACCCUGGGUCAUCUGGAGAAGGCUGUGGUGCUGGAACUGACAUUGAAACACGUGAAAACACUGACUUCUCUGACCCAGCAACAGCAAGAGCGGCUUAAUGUACUGCAGAAAGGAGAGCAGCCGGAAGUCGACGACCAGACUGGGCUGCAGGCUUUCCGGCUGGGCUACCACGCGUGUGCGCGCGAGGUCCUCGCAUACCUGGCGCGCCAGGAGAGGUGGGGUGCGUGCGAAGCCAGCAGCCCCGGCCUCCUCAGCCACCUGCAGAGGGCUGUCACGCUGGGCCUUCCUGACAGCGUCGCGUCUCCUCUCUCCGUCGACCCUCGCUCCUGUACCGUCGCCGCUGCCGCCGCCGAAGAAGAAGAAGACGGCGGCGGCGGCGGCAGAGGGGGAGCUGGAGGGCCGCACUGCGUUCCCGUCAUCCGAAGGGGCGCCCUCGGAGGUGGCGCCGCUUCUGGCGGCACGGGGGCGGCGGAUGUGGCUGGCGACGCGGCGCGGGCGUCGUCGACCAGCGACACGGACGGCGACAGCGGCUACGGCGGGGAUGGUGGCGCCCGGUGCGCCGGCGGGGGCGGCUGCCGGGAGGGGGCGAGGGUGAAGCGCGAACGGGCGGCCGAGCGCGCGCCCGACCGCCGAUCCAAGAAGCGGUGCCUCAAGGUGGAGCCCCAGUGUCGUCGGGCGGACGCAACGGCACCGCUGGGCGGCGAGCGGGGAGCAGGUUGUGCGUCGGAACUGGCUACGAACGGGCCGAGCCAGCCCUUUAUCGUGCCCUUCUACCUGGUGCACCCGGCGGCGGCCGCGGCGGCGGCCGCGGCGGCGGCCGCGGCUGCAGCCGCGUACGGGCCCGUGGUGGAAGGCAAGGCCACGCACGGCUUUGCGCCACUCCUGGACAAGAUGCCGUUCCCGCUGCUCUACUCGGGUCUGCCACCUGCGCUCGCCGCUGCAGCUCUGCACAACAUGCAGCAGCAGCAGCAGCAACAGCAGCAGCAAAGCCUAUCCAGCAUUGGCACUCCGAGCAGCCCGGCCUCCGAGGACGAUAUUGAGUGAGGCUCGGAGAUGAGUAACCUCUUUCCCAGUGCGAGCCUCCGCAGUUUGUGUUUUCCAUGGAUUCUUUAUUUUUAAGUUCCCCACUGUCUUCAUAGCUGCUAUGAACGUUCUUACCCACCCCUACUGGACAUCUGUGAAAAACAGCUUCAUAGCUCAUCAGAUUCCUCCAGUAUAAACAAAGUCUAAUUCUGUCUGAUGAAAGUAAAACUUGACUUUCUGGAGGCUCAAUGAACAAUUUUGUUUACAAAGUCCAUUGUUUUCUACCCAAAUCCACAAGGUUACUUGUUUUUGUGAGACAAUUAGAAAAAUGCCUGCAAAGCUGCAUCGACCUGCAUUACCAUGGUUAUGUUUUAGAAAUCACGUUUUGGAAAGAAUGCUCAUAUGGGCAUUACUUAAAGUGAGUGUUUUGAAAUGAAGGUGGUUACAGUGGGUAUUAGCAAGUUUUAAAUGAUUAUUGUAAGAGAAAUGUGGAUGGAGUCAGACCUACAAUGUGCCUAAAAUGUGGACUCUGAAGGUGAAUUAAAAUGAAAAAAAUGUGUAACACACGAACGAAAAAUAUACAUGACUAAACACAUUUAUGAACAUCUAUUUAAUACUGAAGUACAUUUUAAUUAUGGAAGAUCACACACACACACUUUCAUCUACGUUGUCUGUCACCAAGUAUUGCGUUCCAGAAUGCAGUGCAUUAACCUUUAAAUGUGGUGCAGUGAGAGUUGCUGAACACUGGUUAACAAAAUCAACUAUGUACAAAGUUGUUUCUGCAUAUGGACCUUAAUGCUUACAAAACUUCAUGGGCAGUGUUGACGUGAAUAGUACAGUUUGCUAUAUUUUUUGUCACGGUGGUGCAAAUAUAGAUAUUCCCAGACCAGGACAAAUUGUCAAGUUGCAUGUGUAAAGAAAGAGUCAUUACAAAUUAAAGUUGUUUGAAUCGCUUGGAUUAAAAAAAAGGUUGUGGUAUAUAAUUUGGUUCUGUUCAAGUUGAAAGCGCAUCUCAAAUUAACAGCGGUCAAUUCAUGGAGCUUUGUAAUAUUGGCAGUGUUGGUUUACGGUCUGUGGAUGCUACGGGGGGGGUCCAGCAAUGCGACUUUAGUCACAAAAACCCAUGUAGCUUCAACUGUGUGGUCUAAACGUUAUAAAAGCAAUGUUAUUGUUAAACUAUUUAAGUAUAUAAUAAAGGUACAUACUAACAUAGGAUCAGUACUUCGCUUUAAUGAUAAUCACGAUAGUGUUUUGCGUGGUUUUCCGUGCUUUAUAACUUGCACUACCUUAGACGCUUGGAUUGUUGCUUUCUGUAUAGGGCCUUUCCACAUUAGGUUUCAAUGUUUGGGUAAUAUUAUCCACUCUUGAUCAUGUUUAACAGAAUUAGGUUUUGUGCGCAGGUCUGAGCUUUAACAAGUUAAGUUUUUCCGUCACAAUUUACGUUAAAAAUAUAAUCAUAACGGUGUUAAAUAUUGUCCAUUUCUGAACAAUCACAUAAGUUUUCAUCAAUCCUCAUGAAGAAAAAAUUAGGAUACCUGUUAAUAUAACUUUAUAUAAACAAUAAAUUCACAGUAUAGUAAUGGUAUGAAUAGAGAGCAAUCAUAACAUUGUUAAUAUGACUAAAAUAAGUAUAUAGCCUGUACUGUGUAAAAAAAAAUGCCACAUUGUUUGCACGUUACUAACGUAACGAUUUGGCAAUGCAUUCACACAUACAAAACACUCAAAAUAUGUAUAAAUGGCCAAUAUAAGCCUGUGAUGAAUGAUGAUAGUGGCAUAGCUAGCUAUAUGUUGGCCAACAUAGGCCUGGGGUGAGUCGUAAUAAAGUCAUUUGGCUGUCAGUAGCUAUUGUGCUGUUGUAAGGCUCUUAAAACAACAGUGUACACCAAUUCAAUUACAUGAUUACAAGCAAUUUGCUUUUGCCUCGUGUAUAAUUCUGCAAACGAUUUAGAAUUUGUUUUGUGUAAUUUUCAUAUGCAAAAAAAAAACCCCAUUACAACAGAUGCAAACUUUACCAAACGGCAUAACAUUUUCAGACAGGGUCUGGCACUCCAACAAAUGGAACGUUAAUUUGGCUUGGCCCGAGAAACGUGAGAGCUAAGUGUAUAUAUUUUGUUCAAAAUUUGCCAUUUUUUGCCUACAUUUAGGCGAGGCUGUUUUGUCUUAAAAUGUUUUUUGGAGAAAAUAAAUAUUUUUGUAAAGGUGUUCGAGCAACAGAAUGUACACGAAAAUGUUGGCGAAUGACUAAAGUUUGUUUUCCUCUACGCUAUCAUUGUGUUAGUCUGCCACUAGUAUUGCUGUACAUUCUGUAUGUACAUGUAGUAGUGUCACUUGUUGCUGCUUCUAAUACGAUAAAUUAUUUUAAAACAAGUUAUUUUACAUUUGUUGUUUUUGUUCGACGAGGAAAGUGAAUGGAGGUUCACCAAAGAAGCAGGAGAGACGAGAAUGUUCCAGACUUCACUGUAGCGAGACAAAUGCACUAAGAUUAUAAAGACAUAGUGGAUCGUUUUAAAGCUAUAUUGUUCGUAAAUAAAAUUUAAUCUUUAGCCUAACGAGAGUGUUCUUACGUUUAUUUUGUUGAAAUAAUGCGAUACGUGUGUGACUCUGUUGCUCUGUAUAAGAUUGCAUUGGCCUACGCUAAAUUAUACGCGUCUUAUUUUAAUAUAUACAGCGCCUUGACCGAGGGGCUAUAUAAGCCAGUGAUCACACAACUUAGAAAUAAAUGUGUUUGUUGAGCAUUAACUGUAGCUCACUAAUUUUUUGUAAGUUUAAUUUGUUAAAUGGAAAUAAAAAAUAGGAGACAAAC